GGUAGGUACAUAAAGGGUUAGCAACGGAUUAUUUAAUCAAUGCAAGUAAUAACUCAAAGCCGUAUAGAUUAGUAUCGCUCGAAAAUGGAAGUUAGUACAUUAUCGGGAACUGCUGAAUUUUCUGAAGACGAAAUUAAUGAUGUUUUGCAUCCACCUUUCGUGAAAGAACUUGAAGCGAAAUUUUCUUUUACAUCCAGUCAGGAACGCGACUUGUUGGAGGCUUUUAACUUGCUGGACUACACUGGCGAGGGCAAGAUCUUGGCGGAAGAUUUUCGUGUCGCCAUCAAAGCCUUAGGAUAUGAACCUACAAAGGAAGAGCUGCAGAAGAUGGUUAACGGAGUUGACAAAGGGAACACAGGGAAACUCAGUUUUGAGAACUUCCAAACGGCCAUUAUGAGGAAAAUUAUGUCCCUUGAUAAUGACGGGGAUAUUAUGAAAAGCUUUCGUCUGUAUGAUAUGGAUGAUACAGGUUUAAUAAGUUUCGAUAAUCUUAAGACAGUUACCCAUAUACUAGAUAUUCCGCAAACGGAUGAAGAAAUCGAGGAAAUGAUCGAUGACGCCGACGUGGAUAUGAAUGGCUUUGUAUCAGUGGACGAGUUCAUGAAGAUUAUUAAAAAUUCCGUCCGUAUAGUAACACCUUGAAAGUUUUGUUCUAAUUCUACCCAAAAAUUGGUCAAUA